AUUCACUCUGCGACUCACAAAGUGGAAAGGAUGCAGGAGAAGUAGAGUGGAAGCAGUCAGAGUGCUUUUCCCACGGAGAGAGUGAGUACGAAGGAAUUUAACAAAGCAGUGCAAUUUAUGGUUCGGAGAAGUGAAUGAGUUCGGGCCUCUUCUCGGUAUCCACAGAAAGCGCUAUCUGGGCUCCUCCAUCCUUCUUCAGGCUGCAUGAAUCAGGUGUCCAGAGUGAACAGGAUCUGUACCUCCUACACUGUGAAUGAGGAGGAGACGUGAUGCCUCAAAACGAAAGCUGUAGCAAAGUGUGCUGCAGGGUCGUAUAUAGCUGCCACUGGAAAAGUAAGCUCAAAAAACAUGCAUGCUGUUGGCUAUCAUAUGUGGCUCUGGUGUCCCUGCUCUGCCUGUGCUGGAUGUACAUCUGUCUGGUUACUUAUAAUGACCGAGAAGAUGUGAACUGGCAGGGCUUCCAAAAUCUGAAACUAUGGGUGAACUGGUUCAUGGUGCUCAUCAUCAUUUCCGCAGUGAUGACCAGCUACUGCGUUCUGCUGCUGCUAUUUGCAUUCUUCCAAGUUGCCUUAAGAGAACCACUCAACUUACACUGGCUGCACAAGAUAUUGUUAUUUCUUGGUGUGAUUUUCAUGGCGUUGGGAUUGACAGGAAUUUCUUGGAAGUGGUCAGAAGAAUGGCCAACUGUUCCUCUUUCACUUCAGGCCACAGCUCCUUUCUUGCAGUUUGGUGCUGUUGGGGCGCUGACGCUGCUGUCCUCGUUCGUCUUCAAGGGCAUUCAUGCAGCCAAAGAAAACUGGUCCAAGUUCCUGAUUGGAGCAGUAUUUGUGGUGCUGUCAGCAGCCAUCUUCCUGUGUCCCCUGAUCAUCCAGUCUCCUUGUCUGAUAAAGCAGGCUGAAUUACCUGAAAAACCAAAGCUGAUUGGUCACCGCGGAGCACCGAUGAUGGCCCCGGAGAACACCAUCAUGUCGUUCAACGAGAGCAUCUCGUGCGGCGUCAUAGCCUUCGAGACAGACAUACAGCUCAGUAAAGAUAGAAUGCCAUUCUUGAUGCAUGACCAUGAUCAGUCUGAGUUCCUGCGGAGAACAACAAAUGUUAAAGACAAGUUCCCCAACAAGGACUUCAACCAGAGCGCCGACCUGACCUGGGAGGAACUGCAGAGUCUGAAUGCAGGCGAAUGGUUCAUAAAGACAGAUCCUUUCGAGUCAGUGUCCAAGCUGUCAGAAGAGGAGAGGGAAACGGCGAGGAAUCAGACCAUACCCUCCUUACGUCAGCUCCUCGACCUCGCCAAGCAGCACAACAUCUCAGUGAUAUUUGACCUUUCCAGUCCAAACCAGGAAAAUGACACAGUAGCCACAGUCGACACCAUCUUGAGAUCUGGCAUUGACCCAAGCCUGAUCCUCUGGCUUCCUCAAGUUGGAAGAGAAUAUGUAAAUAAGACUGCUCCAGGCUUCAUCCAGUACUAUAACAACGAAAGUGAGAUGGUUAACGAAGAGGGGAACCACCUUAAUUUGAAAUACAGCAAGUUCAGUCCAAAUGAAAUCAGGGAGACUCGGGGCAAGAACAUUACGGUGAACCUGUGGGUGGUUAAUGAGCGUUGGCUGUUCUCUCUGCUGUGGUGUGCGGGGGCCAGCUCUGUUACCACCAACUCCUGCCACCUCCUAAAAGACAUGGAGCAGCCAAACUGGGUCAUGGCGCCUCUUACGUACAAAAUAAUAUGGAUUACAGUGGACAUUGUAUCUAUUUUUAUAAUGAUUGGACUCUACAUCUUGCAAUGGAAAACAAACUGUUUCAGUCACAGACAAGGAGCAGAGAAGCAAAGUCCCAAUACUUUGGCCUGGAACGAGAAAGAACUGUCGCCCUUCUUGCCCACCAGGUAGAUCCCUGACGCCAGCAGGAGAUUCAGCCCCUAAACUGACCUACAUCCUGGCCUGCACCACCAGCAUAGUUUAGUGCUAUAUCAGGAAGAAAGCAAGUUAAUGUGACCAACUUUACAUAGAGUUCUGAAGCCAUUAAAAAGAAAAGAAAAUCAGAGUUUAUAAGAUGUUGACCAAAUAUCAGCACUGUAUGCUGAUAUUUGGAUGGCGGUUUUAGUUUUUAGUUUCUAACUCUAGCGGGUCAACUGGGUUUUGAAGAUUUUUCUGUUCUACUCAAAAUGUUCUCCUCAAAACGUUUCUUUCAGAUUGUAUGAUUGCAAUUGUACUGAAGAUCUGCACUUGAUUUCCUAUUGGCACUUUAUGUCAAGACGUUUUUCUCUGUUGAUGCUGUUCCAUUUUCUAACAAAAUGUAUUUCAUGUUGUCACAACUGAAUGAAUUGUAUGUACUGUACAUCGCUUUUUAAAAUGUUGUUUCCAUUUCAUGCAGUGUAACUAAAAGCACCACAAAAAAAAUCUAAAUAGAAUUGAAUCCUCAACAACAUGAAUAUAUUAUUUUUAAACACCAAAUACAUUUUUAUUUUGUUACUGUAAGGUUAUGGUAUACAUUAAAAGCGUUGCAUCAUGACAAA